AUGAAUGGGAUUUAUCGAUUAGUUAUUUUUAAUAUUAUUUUAUUUAUACAAAUUAAGUCAGCUUGCUCGUUGUGCAAUAUGCCUACAGCAUGGCUUGGCUCAUGGUAUCAACGUGGUAUGAGUUCACUAUUACAGAUAACAAUCGAUCAUGUUCAAACAAAAGGACGUUGUCUAGAUGUACUUCCUAUUCCACAAUAUUAUCUCUUCAACGAUUCUAUAAAUCGUUGCACUCGAUGUCUUUUAUUCAUUGAACGGCAUAGUAAUUUAUUGCAAUAUCGUGAAAGUGAAUGUAGUGAUGCAGAUGAUCAGUUGAAUGUUACUUCAUGUCCGAAUAUGAUUGCACCCGAUGCUGCUUUGUAUACACUACAUAGAAAUAAUUCCAAGCCUCAAUUAUGUCCAAUACAACCACCAUUUUUAUUAACAAAUUUAAAUAAAGAUGGUUUAAUAUGUCGUCAAUCAACAGCAUUAUCAUAUAUUGGUGAAUGUGCUAAUGAUUAUCAAUUUCGUCUUCAUCUUUUAUCAUGUUCAUCUCAUCAGCAAACAUUUGAUCUACAAUUUGUUUGUGUUGGAACAUGGAUAGAAGGUUUUCAUACUUAUUUUGUUACUCAUAUUCUUUCAAAACAAUCGAAUAAUCAAUAUGCAUGUUUUCAUUUUCUAACGAAACAAAAAGAUCUAUCAUCGUCAUUUCAAUUAAGUAUGGCAACUGACGAUUCAUGUCGUGAUCUCAAUUCUAAAUCUAUGUCAACAGUAAUGACAUUAUCAUCAAUAAAUCGACAGAUAGGUAAUGAAUCUAAUAUAUCAUCAUGUAUAUUUCCGGAAGAAUUUCAAGACUAUGAAUGGUAUUCACUUAAUCGAACAAUUCAAAUGAUUAUUAAGUCGACUGAUAUUGAAUUGAUUAAUCUUAAAAAUAAAGGAAAUAAUAAACGUUUUCAUUGUCUUCAAUCAAUGAAUUCAUUAAAGUAUCAAGUACAAUCAUUUACAAAUUGUGAAGUUUAUGAAGAAUGUUUACAAAUAAAUCAACAAGCAAAUAAUGUUUUAGAAUUAGUUUUAACUAAUUGUAAUAGUAAUAAUAAUCGAUAUAAGAGAGUAUUAACAUUUGUUACAAAAUCAAAAUCUUUAUCUUCGUGUCCAACUUCAAUUGGAAAUUUAUUACUUGAAACAAAUUUAAAUCAUCAUCGACAAAGAUUUUUAAGAAAAAAUCCAUUUCAAAUGUCUGUUGGUUGUGAUAAUAAAGAAAAAUUAAUGAUUUAUCAAACAGAAAAAGAUCCCGAUUAUCGUUUAUUAACUCAAACAGAUACAUGUCUUGCAUCUUGGCGAUCCGAUGAUCUAUCAAUAAUAUAUCUUAUUGCUCAAUCAAUAUAUUCAAAUGCUAGUUAUUGUCUUAGUUUUCAAAUGAGUGAUUCAAUUAUUAUUCGAAAUAAUAGUCAUGAUUGUUCAUUUAAUAAUUCCGAAGAUGAAACAUCGAUUUCGAUAUAUUCAGCGAAAUUAUUAAAUCCUUGUUCACAAUCACAACAAUUACUAUUCAAAUAUAUUCUUGUAUGGAUAACAAUAUUUAUAAUGACCGAUAAUAUUUGA